AAAAAAAUUGUUAUCCGGUAGUGAAACUCCUACUCCUACAUGGAAGAAGAUACAACUGUAUUAUUUUAAGAAGUUAGGACCUGAUCUUUGUAUAUUGAGACAUAACUGCUCGGCAGUCCAUGUGUCAUCUAAAGAUUCACUGUUGCCCUUACCUCUCUAUUACCGUAAACUCAUACUUACUUGGUAUGAAAUGAAACCUGUACAGAAUGUCAAUGAUAUUGAGGUAAAUCAAGUAAAUUGGCAAUUGUUAUGGAACAAUGCUUGUAUAAGUUACAAGGGCAACAUGCUUUAUUUUAAGAAAUGGAUUAGACGACAUAUUCUUUAUGUAAAUGAUAUUGUGGAUGAUCAGGGUAACUUUAUAUCUUUUGAUGAUGUAAAAGCUAUUGUUGGUAAUGAUGCACAUGUAUUACUACAGUAUCAUGCUUUAAUCAAUUCAAUUCCCAAACAAUGGAAAGGUGUUUCUCGAUUAGACAACGAAGAAUCUCCUAGUAUCAAACUUUGUGGUAAAGACAUCCGCUUACUAGACUCUAUCUUCUUUAAGAAUUUCUGUAUCAUGCAAUACCAAGCAGUCCCAGUCUCACAGAAUUUCUGGGAGAAACGAUUUCCUAUGUACGAUUUUCGUUCCAUUUCUUGGCAAGUACUAUGGAAAUCUCCCUUCUUGACCACUAAAGAACCCAAACUUAUUAGUUUGCAAUGGAAGAUCUUGCAUAAUAUUUAUCCGACCAAAAUAUUGUUGCAUAAGAUGAGAAUUGUAGAAAAUAAUAAGUGUAUUUUUUGCGAUAUUAUAGAGUAUAUAGAGCAUUUUUUCUUUGACUGUAAAAUUGUUAAACCAUUAUGGGAUUAUGUGGAAAGUUUGUUUAGUUAUUCCAUAUCUCUCACUGUACAUGACAUUAUUUUUGGAUACAACCCUCAUAUGUUAAACAAGUUUCGGUACAUCAAUGAACUGCUGCUAGUUGCGAAACUAUCCAUUGUAAAAUAUAAGUCUACAGUGUCAUCCCCGAAUUCAUUAUGUCAAGAUGCAGAAAUCAUCCUGAAAAUUUUCAAAUCAGAAUGUAUUCUUAGAAAUAUGAUAUAAGCUACAUAUUGUACAGCUUUCUGUGAUAUGUAAUAAAGUGCCGUGACGAACACGGAAUCAGGAAGAAA